GCUUGAUCAUCGGUUGGUUGUAGACUUCGCACUUGAAUCCCAUAGCUUCAAAAGUCUUCUUAAUCUGUUCUGCCUUCCUGUUGACAAGGUCCUCUCGCCUCUCUUCCGGCUGUACGCCCAACGUGGCGCUGACACGCUAAGGAACACCGAGACAGAAAAGUUCAGGAGGAAUAAAAAGGUACAAGUAAAGGAAAUAAGGAUCACGGUUCCUACGACACGAAUGACCACUGCUGCCACGGCUCAGACAGCUCCUUCAACCACCACGACAGUUCCUAAUACUAUAGGGUUGCCCGAGCAACUACUCUUCUGUGUGGCCGACCGCGUCGUUGGCGGAAUGCCUGACCACGUGUGCACUUUUCUGGUGCUUUCCACAACGGACACCAUCUUUAACGACUGCCAUCACAGCUCUUUCCAGCGACUGCUGUCGGACGCCGUGGGGGCUGCUAACACCAUCUAUGGUGUGAGCCUUAAAGAUGCGUCAGUUACAGCAGGCUUAUACGUACUUCGAAACGAGCAGAAGUGUUUCAAGCACUUGUGGGACAAUUCUAUUCGCAGCUUCGGCACCUUGGAAAUAAUGCUUAGACCAGGCACCACUGCCCAGAGCCUAAUCGAUUACAUAUCUUUCAUGAAGGGACUUUCCGAGCUCAGGAAAACCUACAAGGGAGCAGACGAGAAAGGCUACCUGUUUUUAGGUAUAGCAGCUAUAUAUGAGACAGGUGGGACGGACCCAACCAUCACGUUCAAAGGUCACUUCGACAGGCUUAUGGAAACCAAGCCGGAUAUUUUGCUUUUCCGAACUACUGACACCAGGGCCCUACCCACUCAGGGUCGGAACUACUACACCGAGGGUCCGUCCGUAUGGGCACACUCGGAGAUUCAAGCGAAUUUUCACGACACACUGAAGCUCCGAGAUUCAGUGACUGUACCUCCAGAUACUAGGCAACUGUUGUCUCUCUCUGUUGCGGCAUUCAAAUUGACUUAUUAUCAUGUAUAUAACGGUUAUGAUGGGAUUGAAACACGAGAAGUCACCGCCGGCUCGAGGGUGGGCUUGAGCACCGUGCUGUGUCGCCUAGGAGACAACUACGACGAUUUCCACAAAGAACCAGGACAUCAGGAUAAGUCUAGAAUACAAUAUAUAAGGAAGGGAUAUGACGUGAAGGAGAUGAUGAUACACGAUACGGAUUGGACACUCUCCAUAAAGAUAUGCAAAUCUUCGAAGGAGCAUAACUUCACCGGUGGGUUCGCCGUGUUCGACGUGGAGUUACCGCAAGAGUCGAAGGAUGUGUGUCGUUCAAGCACCCAUUAUAUGGACCUGCAAAUAGUUAAACUAAUCGACCACCUCAUGACAAAAUCUUGGAAAACAUGCGACACCUUUGCAUGAGACCGGAAUCUGUUGGCUCUGCGAAGUAGGACUUGAUGUAGGCUGUCCAAUCUUGUAUAUAAAGCAAUGCCCUAUCCCAGCGCA